AAUUGCCGCAGCUCCUCCAAGAACGCCAGUCUUUUUCUCCGUGGCUCUGAAGGCUGCAAUUUCCCCCGUCGGAUUUGCCAUCUUUUUCAUUGUUAUUGUUGUUGUUAUUGUGUAUGUGUGUGUGUGGCGUAUGUGCAAAAACAAACGAAAAAAAAAUAAACCUCUUAAACAAACUUCCUUCAAUAUCUAAACGAGAGAGCCAUUCCACUGCCGCUCAGUCAUUGAUGGUGGAGCGAGUGCGAAAGUUUUAAGAAGGAAUGAAAAAAAGAGAAAAAAAAGGAGUAAACGACCCGGUUCGGGACUCUUUCGAUCGCCAGAUGAAGAAUAAAAGAGAUACAGAAAAGGAAAACUUACAUCUUGUUCUCUAUUGUGUGAUACUGUUGUGGUUUGUGUGUGUAUGUGUGUGUGUGUUUUGCUGCUGCUUUUUGACGCUGUUACACGGGCUGCGGUGUUGUAAGCGGCUCCAUGCAGUCACUCGACUCAACACUCUCGCACAGAAAAAGGAGGGGGGGGGGGAGGGAAAAAAGCGCACACACACACACACACGAAAGAGAGGGAGACAGAAAGACACACAGAGGGAUAAAACCACCCCGGCGGCGCUAUGUGCUGGCGGCGGCGGCAGCCAAGGCACCGAACAACAGCGGCCCGAGCCUCCCUCCGAGAAGCGAGACAAUAGCGCCUCGUCUCAAGCAAACCGGCCACCACAGCCUGGGCCCCGGGAGGGGGUGCCCCUAUUCAACCAUUACACGACACCCCUCCCCCCUCCCCUCGCACACCGGCCGAGCCUCGCCUCGCACAAAAUGGCGGCUGCUCGCAUCCUGCUGCUCGGGGAGAGGGGGGCGGGGGAAUCCAUGCUGAUGUUGACUGGCCUGCUGAGUAUCCCCCACAGUUUCUGCUUUUAUCUCAGAUUUCUAUCAACUGCAGUUUUUUUGCCUUUCAAGUAUUGGGAAGGAACUUUUCCACAGUUGCCUGAUGUGGCAGGAACUUCAUUAUCUUAAACAACAGGAUAUAUUUUAAAAGAAGUAAAAAAAAACAAA